AUGAAUUUAACGUGUAAUUCAACGCUCGAAGAGCUGAGGAUCCUCCCCGGCUCCGAGAUCCUCAUCGCUGGUCCCCUGACCUUCCACGACCUCGCCCUGAUCAUUGCCGGCUCCUGCACCAUCAUCGCAAUAUGCCUCUCCUUCUACCUCGUCUUCAUGCACUCGAUCAACUAUACCAAGCCCCGCGAGCAGCGUCAGAUCAUCCGUAUCCUCUUCAUGGUUCCCGUCUACGCCGCCUCCUCAUUCCUUCAACUCUGGUACUACUGGCACGCGGUCUACUUCCAGCUCAUGAGCGACUGCUACGAGGCUUUCGCCAUCGCAUCCUUCUUCUCGCUCAUGUGCCACUAUCUCGCCCCGGAUGUCCAUACCCAGAAAGACUACUUCCGCAAUCUUUACCCCAUCAAGCCUUGGGUCUGGCCUCUCGAUUGGUUUGCAAAGUGCUGUGGAGGACAGAGAGGACCCUGGCGCACGCCCAAAAGCGGCUUGACCUGGUUCAACGUCAUCUGGAUUGGUGUAUAUCACUACGUCUUUAUCCGCGUCGCCAUGACUGUCACGGCCGUCGUCACCCAAUACUUCCACCGCUACUGCGAAAGCUCAAACAACCCAGUCUUUGCUCACAUUUGGAAACAGGUCAUCUCGAUCAACUGUGUGGCCGUCACUAUUGCCAUGUACUCCGUCAUUCAGUUUUACGUCCAGAUGAGAGAACCCCUCAAGGAGCAUUCGCCCUUCCUCAAGGUCCUUGCCAUCAAGCUUGUAGUCUUCUUCUCUUUCUGGCAGGUCACCUGCAUUUCCCUCGCCACCUCGACGCUCGACCUUGUCCACCCGAACAAAGUACUGGCCUACCCGGACAUCAAAGUCGGCAUUCCCGCCCUUCUUCUGUGUUUCGAAAUGGCACUAUUCGCCCUCCUCCAUCUUUGGGCCUUCCCUUACGCCCCUUAUGUCCCGGGCGCCAAGACCACAUACUACCCGUCCGCGGACUCUCGAGAUAGCCACGCUCCCCUCCGCGAAAACGUCCAUACGGCCCCCGCCGGCGGUUGGAUGGGUCUAAAGGCUGUCGGGGACGCCCUUAACCUGUGGGACUUUGUUAAGGCCUUUGGUCGCGGUAUGCGCUGGCUGCUUUGCGGUGUCAAGCGCCGCCACGAGGACCCUAGCUACAAGACCGCAGCCAGCCUCGACAUGGACGACCUCGACAAGGGCGGAGACACGGGGUACCAUCCCGCCGGUGUCAAGAGCACCGAUCACCUUCCAAUCGCUACCGAAUUCCGCCGCAGCACAUACCUGCAACCCUCGCGACCACCUCCACGACCCCAGCGCCCUGGUAACGAGAGCGACAGCCUCAUCGCCCACGCCCAACCGAAUCCCUCGCAGAUGUCUCCGCCACGCCGUCCCGCGCGCCCGGUGUCCCCCUUGUCGCCCAUGUCGCCAAUUUCGCCCUACCAAGACCAGAGCUUCCAACAGCAGACGGGCAUGACGCCAGUACACUCGGCACACCCGGGGCCCAGCAACGGCGAAUGGGGGAGAACGGGGCCGGCAGCACCAGCAAAUCUGGGUGUCGCAGGUCCCCGCGACUUGACGCAGCAAAGGGUAGGAGAAGCGCUUUGGGGACCACCACAAAGCCCAGCAGCCGCCUCCAUCAUGCCAGAGAGUCCCGUUCUCGGAUCGCCGAUGAACGGCGCCUACGGACAUCCGGCCCUUCAGCAACAGGCGUACCAGCAACAAGCAUACCAGAACCAGGCGUUUGGCAGUCAGCAACAACCGCAUGCCAAUCACCCGUACGGGAACCAGACGCACGAACAGCAGCCGGGGCCUGGUCAGGCUUUUUAG